CAACAAGCAAUCAAAACUUAUAAGUAUUGACAAUACUAUUGUAAUAAAAUAUUUUUGUCUUCAUGGAAUGUAAGUUUCUGAAUAAGUAGAUUAUCGGUUACACUUAUUCAGAAACUUACAUUCUGUUGCGUGGUGCACUAAUUAUGCACUCUGCCCACUAACUACGCAUAUGAUUACAAGACGUCAUCUCAUUUUUGGCAGUCUGGUACUCGACUAGCUGAGCAUCUGUCAUAGGCAAUCAGCGAUGACUCUGUCCUUUUGCAGAUGAAUCUACAUGUGAAUGGUCGUCAACCAUUGCUAGUAGGAAGUAUAUUUUUAAUAUUGCCAAACAAAUUGAGAGAAGUGCGCCAGACUAAGCCCCAGCCAAACACAAAUAUUUUAGUGUUGUCACCAAUUGAAAUAAAAUCAGUUUUGGAUCACUCAAAAUAAGUGUUUUCCUAGCCUGGGCGCUACAUCUCGCAAUAUCCUAAAAUAUUUGUGUUUUAAUAUCUCUGUCGGAGUGUUUGCCCGUGUGUGCCAAUCGGACUUGUCAUGGAAAAUCAAAAGAAGGAGCCUCAGCCAAUUGGUUUAUCAAGUGCGCCGGUGCCAAACACCAACAACAUACCAGCCGCUAACUGUCCAUCUGAUGUAUUUUCCCCCCUCGGUAAUGCCACCACCUGUAACUGGACGUUGACCACCGCUGCUGCUUCAAAUGACACUGUACCAGCUUCCAUCGACGCCGCAUCUGCCUUCAGCACAAUUGCAUUCGACGACACCACACCCACCGGAGGUGCUGUUCCUAAACUUGCGUACAUCAAUAAACCUUUUGGGCAGCCAACAAUUCCAGUGUCAGGGGUAAAUUACGAAUUUCCCCCAUAUAUACCACAUCCAAGUAAGUCGCAUGUUUCGUAUAUAAAUAAUUUCCAGGGUCUGCCAAUUUCCACAUCCAUCAAUAAAAUGCAAAGUACAAGUAAUUCCACAAUGUACGGGUUGUCAGAACAUAAUUUUUUAAGUUCAACCCAAAUUAAUAACGGUAAAAAUUAUCAGUCUUCUCCCUCCAACAAUUGCAUACAAGAACCAGUUCCAAUAGUUGAAUUUAAUGCCAACAACAACAUAGUUUGUCAUAACGCAAGCAGCGUCGCGAGAAACCCAUCUUCAAAUAUUCUGCAACCAAGUCUCUAUUUCUCUGCUGCUCUGCCGCAACAGCCAAUACAAACCUUCACAUCAAGUGCAUAUGUCAGUUCAAACAGUGCUAACUUCUUGUCGAACCCCAACAUGUUUGAUACAACCCCCAUAUUUUCUCAGCCCAUUCUGUCUACUGCAUAUGCACAGCCAACCGUGACGUCAUCAGACACUUUUUUAAACAACAACACUCAAUUCAAUAACAUUGUACCGAUGAAUGUUUCAAUGACGUCAUCGCAGAUCGCUGCUCGACAUGUUAUGUCAAAAGAUUUGCCGAUAUUCUCCGGUCGGCCAGAAGAAUGGCCUGUUUUUAUAACAAAUUAUUGGCAGUCAACAGAACGAUGUGGAUUUACCAAUCAGGAAAAUUUAAUUAGGCUUCAAAGGUGCUUAAAAGGUCCAGCUCUAGAAGCAGUAAGGGGCAAAUUAAUGAUGCCAUCCACUGCUGGUCUCGCGAUAAGUACAUUGCAAAUGUUAUUUGGCCGACCUGACGUCAUACACCAAACUCUUCAAACAAAAUUGCGAGAAGAACCAAAGGUUCGUUUGGACAAUUUAAACACCUUAAUUUCAUUAGCUCUUGCAGUUCAAAAUUAUUGCUCAAUAAUUCACGCAAUUGGACUCAACGACUACCUGGUAGACCCGAUGCUGCUAAAUGAUUUGCUUUCCAAAUUGCCAUCUAGUAUGAAACUCGAAUGGGGUCGUCAUAGUUUGUCUUGUGGUCGGGUGAAUCUUCUCUCGUUUGAUCAAUGGUUGUUCAAUUUAGCGACAUGUGCCAGCCAGGUGACAACGUUUGGAUUUAAGUAUGAUGACAUGGGAGAAAACAAGACGAAUCGAAGGCAGGGGAAAGAGCGUGUAAUGUUUCACGGUGUUCAAACCCAAAAUAAUAGUUCAUCGCAUUCAGAAGACGGGAGUCAGGCAACCGAAAAUGUACGUAAUGCGCUGUGUCUUAAAUGCAGCGAUGAACACAAACUUGCGAAUUGCCCACAAUUUAGCUCCCUUAAAAUUGGAGAAAGAUGGGAAUUUGUUAGAAGAAACAAAUUGUGUUUUAGCUGUUUUGGAAAGCAUGCGCUUCGACGAUGCUGUUUUAAAAAGGCCUGUGGUGUUGAUAACUGCAAAUUGCCCCAUAAUGUUCUUCUCCAUGAAAAUAGUUCGAGUCAAAAACCAAAAUUGGAUGUAUCUAAAAGCACAGAAACAGCUGUCCUAUUCCAUAAUAGGCAACAAAAGGUGGCAGUUUUUCGAUAUGUUCCCAUAACUUUGUACGGCAAGCAAAAGAGCAUUAAUACCUGGGCUCUCAUCGAUGAAGGUGUAGCGGAGAUGGAAAGUGAAAUCGCUGCGGAGCUCGAUAUUGACGGACCCUCAGAAGAGUUAUGUCUUCGAUGGACGGGAGACAUCAGCAAAUGUUAUCCACACUCAAAAACUCUUACGCUAAGGAUUUCCUCGCAAGACCCCGGAUACCAAAAAUAUGAUUUAAAGAAUGUUAGAACUAUCGAAAGCUUAGAUCUUCCAGAACAGUCGCUUGAGCCAAAAAUGAUAGAAUCUUGUAAAUAUCUGCGUAACUUGCCACUAAAGCCGUAUUCUCAAGUCAGGCCGAGAAUGAUUAUAGGUCUUGACAAUGCAAAACUUGGGGCCCCUUUAGAAAUUUGUGAAAGCGAGAACAGUGAGCUAAUGGCUGUGAAGUGUAGGCUAGGAUGGGCAGUGUAUGGACGAAGGAACGCCAAAGGUUUUGUAUCAAAUAAUAUAUUCCACAUUUGCGAUUGUCUAAACUCUCAGCAAGAGGCAGAAAAAAUGGAUGAGCUAAUGAGACAUUACUUCUCUUUAGAUGCGGUCGGGGUUACCCCUUUGAAGAAAGCUUUACACUCGCGAGACGACGAGCGUGCUCUACAAAUCAUGGAGACAACUACAACAUAUUGCUAUGAAGAGAAAAGAUGGCAAACAGGUCUCUUGUGGAGGUAUAGUGAAUUUAAUCUACCCAAUUCUUUUCCUAUGGCAAUGCGGCGCUUAAAAUGUUUGGAAGGCAAAAUGUUGAAAGAGCCAAACUUAAAAAACUUUUUAGUCGACAAAAUAAGAGAGUACGAAGAAAAGGGGUACGUCAGAAAACUUAAAAAAGGUGAAGCGACAAUAGGAGGCAAAUCGUGGUACAUACCGAUCUUCACCGUAACAAACAUUAAUAAAAAUAAGACGAGAUUAGUUUGGGAUGCCGCCGCCAAAGUUGACGAUAUCUCUUUAAAUACAUGUCUUCUUAAAGGCCCCGAUUUACUAAGGUCUUUAAUUGGAAUACUGUUGAGAUUUCGGGAAAAGCCAAUUGCGGUGUGCGGCGAUAUCCGAGAAAUGUUCCACCAAAUUAAGAUAAUAAAAGAAGAUCAAUUUUCACAGAUGUUUUUGUGGCGAGAAGGUGAGCCCUCAAGAGAAGUUGAUGUUUACUGCAUGCAGGUUAUGACUUUUGGUGCCUCUUGUUCCCCCUCGCUUGCUAAUUAUGUUAAAGACAAGAACGCAAACCGGUUUGUCGAUGAAUACCCCACUGCGGUGGCUGCCAUAAUCGAAAAUACAUUUGUAGACGAUUGGCUACAUAGUUGCGAAACAGAAGAGGAUUGCUUUAGCAACAGCUGUCAGAGACAUCCAUAAAGAGGGAGGAUUCGAAA